AUGGAUUCAAGAACAAUUGGUAUUUUAGGAGGUGGCCAAUUAGGUCGUAUGAUCGUCGAGGCAGCCAAUAGAUUAAAUAUUAAAACUGUUAUUUUAGACGCACCAAACUCCCCAGCUAAACAAAUCAAUGCAACUGUUCAGCAUAUUGAUGGUUCUUUUGCUGUACCUGCAGAUAUAGAAAAAAUCGCCAAAUUAUGCGAUGUUUUAACCGUUGAAAUCGAACAUGUAAACGUUCCAACAUUAAAAAAAUUGGCUAAGGAAAAUCCAAAUUUGAAAAUUUAUCCCUCACCAGAAACUAUUGAAUUAAUACAAGAUAAGUACACUCAAAAGCUACAUCUAAUUAAAAAUGGAAUCUCAGUCGCCCAAAGUGUAGACAUUCCAGAAGCAAAUGAACAAAGUUUGUGUGAAGUUGGGGAAAAAUUGGGUUUCCCAUAUGUAUUAAAAUCUAGAACCCUAGCUUAUGAUGGCAGAGGUAACUUUGUUGUUGAAAAAAAGGAAAGUAUCCCAGACGCUUUAGAAGCUCUAGCUAAUAGACCAUUAUAUGCCGAAAAGUUUGCUCCAUUUGUUAAGGAGUUGGCUGUUAUGAUUGUUCGUUCAAUUGAUGGUACAGUGUAUUCCUACCCUACUGUAGAAACCAUUCACCAAGAUAAUAUUUGCCACUUGUGUUACGCCCCAGCUAGGGUUCCUGAUACUAUCCAAUUGAAAGCUCAAAUACUAGCUGAAUCAGCCAUUAAAAGUUUCCCAGGUUGCGGUAUUUUUGGUGUUGAAAUGUUUUAUUUGGAAGAUGGUGAAUUGCUAAUCAAUGAAAUUGCACCAAGACCACACAAUUCAGGACAUUAUACUAUUGAUGCUUGUGUUACUUCUCAAUUUGAAGCUCAUGUUCGUGCCGUCUUGGAUUUGCCUAUGCCAAAUAACUUUACUUCAUUUUCUACUUCAAAUACUAACGCUAUUAUGUUAAAUGUUUUGGGCGAUCAAAAUAUCAAAAAUAAGGAACUAGAAACCUGUAAACGUGCUUUGGAAACUCCUGGGGCUAGUGUAUAUUUAUAUGGGAAAGAAUCAAGACCAAAGAGAAAGUUAGGUCAUAUAAACAUUAUUGGUAGUUCUAUGGACGAAUGUGAACGUCGUCUAGAAUACAUUUUGAAUGAAAAACCUUUGCCUGUACCAAACACUAGUACAACGACAAAACCAUUAGUUGGUGUCAUUAUGGGUUCCGAUUCAGAUUUACCAGUGAUGAAUGCAGCUUGUAAUAUUUUAAAAAAUUUUGAGGUUCCAUUUGAAGUUACCAUUGUUUCAGCUCAUAGAACACCUCAUAGAAUGAGCAAGUAUGCCAUCCAAGCUUCCCAACGUGGCAUAAAAGUAAUAAUUGCCGGUGCUGGAGGUGCUGCUCACCUACCUGGUAUGGUUGCUGCUAUGACCCCUUUACCUGUUAUUGGUGUUCCAGUUAAAGGUUCUUCGUUGGAUGGUGUUGAUUCUUUGCAUUCUAUAGUGCAAAUGCCAAGAGGUAUUCCAGUUGCCACAGUUGCUAUAAAUAAUAGUACUAAUGCUGCUUUAUUGGCUAUUAGAAUUUUAGGCUGUUCUGAUAAUAAAUUGUUCAACAAAAUGAGCCAGUUUUUGUUAAAACAGGAGGAAGAAGUCUUAGAGAAAGCCGCCAAGUUAGAAACUAUUGGUUAUCAAGAAUAUCUAGAUUCUAUGAAAUAA